CGAAUGGCUCCGUCGUGUUUUCUACUUUAUUGUCGCUGUUACACUUUGUAUUCGUGCAAAUAUUACAUCAUGAAAACGUCGCCAAUUUCUCCGAUCUAUCGCAGUGUUUGCCAUUCGUUCAGGAUACUUGCAAACAGAUAAAAUCUUUGCGAACGCUAUUCAGCGUAUUGAACACAAGAAUAGGCAAUAUGUACAAGAAUGAGCAAUGCAGGAAUCGGAAAGUAAAUGAUGCUUACUUCGAUUUCGACGCGAGCAAUGUACACCGCUAUAUUUUACUGCAAUCUCCGAAGAUUAGUUUCAAUUUUAAUCAAUACACGGACGAUAGUCUUUUCUAUGAGAAAUUGUGUUCAUCUCCGAUGAAAGACAAACACAAACAUUUAUUUAAGAAGUACAAACGAAAAUAUCGUCCAUUGUCUGAGCUACCUGCAACUUUGUCGGACUUCAGCAAGUCCUGGAACAGUAUGAGCGGAUGGCUGUCUCCCCGCGCACACUCCAUCAAGUGUGGGCGAAUUUCGUUUAAAGGAAAAUCACUUUCGCCCUUGUACUUUCGAUUGCUACAUCACUCUAAGUUAGACUUAAAGCGUUCUAGAGAAAACGUAUCGCGUAAUCAGAGUGUGAACUACGAGGGAUUGAAUCUAACACCAACAAAACGUCCCUUACAAGGAGAGCAUCUAACAAGUUGUGAUGACAAAAUCAGAAAUCUUUUUUCAAGUCCGUCAUGAUGCUGUUCUCGUUACAUAU